UGAGUUUAUUUAAAAGUGUUGAAACAUUUAAAGAUAUUAAGUAAUUUUUUGCAUGUUAUUUUGAAAGUUUAUGAGAUAAUCCCGAGGAGAUAAUCUUUAUGAUUGACAAGCCAGGCGUAUAUUUCUCCUAUCAUCACUUACAGGGAUGAGAAAUCACGAAUAGUUUAGUCAGUAUCAAGGAUAGCCAUCACGAUUAUCGGAUUAUCUCCUAAUAUUUCAUUCAUGGAUAAUUUGACAAGUGUAAAAAAUUAACUUAUUUGUUUUUGAAAUGGCUGACAAGAGAGAUGAAGAUAUUAAUGCUACUCUCAAUGGAAAACAUGAUGAACCAGUAGGCAGUUCAGCUAAAGAUUCUAAGGUCAAGAAAGAGAAAAAGCCAACAAAAGCCAGGUCUUACAUUGAACAGAUUAAGAAAAAUUUCUUGCUUCCAACAAAAAGUAGUUCUAGUAAAACUAAGGACGGUCAGAGUUCACCAAAAUCACCCACUGACGUAAAACCAAAGUCCAAAUCAAAAACAAAAACUGCUCCUAAACCACCGAGUCCUAAACCAGCAGUGAAGUCAAAAGGCCAAGCACCUAGUAUACCUAAAGAGAAAGUAGAUACAACUAGUCAUCAGGCGGCAGAAAUUCACAAAAAAGAAAAAGCACCAUUACCACCUGAGAAUAAACAAGAACUAUGUCAGCUUAAAGAAAAACCACCAUUGCCAAAUAAGAAAUCUGAACCUAAAACACAACCUAGUAAUUCAGUAGUAAGUGGAGAUAACUCUGUUUAUACCACAGACAGUAAUACUUCUACUUCUGGUCCAAGGCGUCGGCUGUUUAAAUCCGAUUCUAAUUCUUCAAAGGACUCUGUAGAUUCUGUAGCACAAAUAAAUGGUUCGGCAGAUCGUAAAACAUCGGAUAGAGGUUUAAGGAGGUCUGAUUCAAUAGAACAAGAACGAGUGAAAAAAUUAGAUAUCCCAGAAAACAAGUGCAUUUUAGACUUAGCCAUGGCAACCAGUGCAGAUCAGAACAGUGAAGGUCAAGGACAGUUAGAAUAUAUCUAUGUCACAAAUAAUAAACUCAAAUACAUGAACCAAAACUUUCAGAAAGUCAAUGCUAAAAUGUAUGACUAUAAGUGUGAUGUCAAAUUGAAAGUUGGUGAUCAGAAUUACAAAGCUCACCGUCAUGUACUGUCAAAUGCUAGCGAUUACUUUGCAGCCAUGUUCUCAUGUGACAUGAAAGAAAAAGACCAGGAUGUUAUUGAAUUAAAAGAGAUAAGUCCAAAAGGGUUCGCUGCUAUGAUGGAUUAUUUCUAUCACGGUUAUGUUACUAUUGAUCAUGACAACAUCGAGGAUGUCAUCGAGGCUGCCAGGUUCUUUCACAAUGAUUGGCUGUUAGAAUGCUGUUGUGACUUUCUGAUUCGGCAUUUAAGUUUAGAAAAUUAUACUGCAGUCAUAACCCUGGCUGAUAAAUAUUGGCUUGGAGACUUGAGAUGGGAUAUUUUUCGAUUUAUUGGAGAAAACCUACCAAAUUUAACUCAGCAAGAAAUGUUUUAUCCAAACUUAUCAUUGGAGCUUUUGCUGCAGUUUUUGAUAGAAAAUAUAUAUGCUGAAACUUCAGAGAGAUUUCUACUUGAUGUAAUUCUUAACUGGGUCAAUGCUAACCCUGAAGAAAGAAAGGAGCAUUUACUUUCACUCUUACGACAAAUUCGUUUUCCACUCAUGGAAAUUGAAGAAUUGGAAACUUUGCCUGAGGAAGUAGUCCAAAGUACGGAAAUAAAAGAUGUGGUUGAAGAUGCACUGAAUUACAAUUUAAAUUUGAUGGGACAAUGUCUAAAAAAAGGGGAAAUCUACACGCAGAGAGGUGCAAGGACAGUUAUAACAGUUCUCUCAUUUAGUGAAGAAGGCAAUGUUCUUGUGUAUCGUGAUCCAGAAAAGCCAGGAUUUUUUGUUGAGCAGCUUGGUCCAGUAGGACUAGAUACUGUGGACUACCAAGCUUUAAGUCAAUCUAAACUAGGUAACUUCCUGUAUGCUGCCGGGGGAUAUGACGGAACCUAUUCCAGUACAAACCGUGUUUUCCGAUUUGAUCCACGGUAUAGAGAUUGGACAGAAGUAGCAUGUAUGAAUCAACCCAGAGUCUCGUUUUCAAUCUGCAGUUCUGAUACACAGUUGUUUGUAGCCGGUGGUGUUAAUCGAGUGGAAGAAGAUGAGUCCAUCUUGAAUUCUGUUGAAGUUUACACUGCUGAAGAUAAUUCCUGGACAGAACUUCAGCCUGUACCAGUCAAGUGUUGUGAUGCUGCCAUUGUAUUCCAUAAGAAUUGUCUGUACAUGACUGGAGGUAUAAGUAUUGAUCCAGAAGAUCCUAUUCCAUUAAAUAGCACAUGGUGUCUCAAUCUUGGGGACGACAGUGGUUGGGUACCGAAGCAAAAUUUGUUGACAGGAAGACAAGGUCACAGUAUGAUACCAUACAAUGACAAGUUAUUGGCAAUAGGUGGAUACACAUCAAAAGAUGACCUUAUGACCUUCAAAGACUGUAUAACUAAUGAGAUGUAUGAUAUUGAAACCAAUCAGUGGACUGAAAUAGCACCAACACCAGAACAUUUUGGACAUUUAUAUCGUCACAAUGCUCUCUAUGGUAACAAGAUUUUCGUUGUUGGUUCUUCCACAGUUGUGGCCAAUCUGUAUGUUUAUGAUAUUGAAAGUGAUACUUGGGAAGAAUGUGAAUCUAUAGGCCCUAACAUGCAGAAGUUAGCUAUUCUAGAUGUAGCGUAUCCAUAUUCAUAAACAAGCUUUAAAAUUGUUUGUGUAUGGCAGUUGGAGCUUCGAUAUUUAUGCAGUGCAAACAAAAAGUGUUCAGACUUGUAAAUCCUGUUACUUGAGGAAAGUGAUUUUAAAGUUGUCUGUAUGUCUCACUUUAUUAAAUUGGAAUGUAAUGUAAGAUAUGUUUUUCCAGCUUGGCUUGGCCUUUAAGUUAUUUUUUUUUAAUAUUUUGCCGUGGUAAGUACUGAAAUUAUACAAUGAUGGAUCCAGGACUUUCAGAAAGUUGGAGCAGAGGUGCCCACUGAAAAUAUGGGGUCUUGCAGGCAAAAAUCAGAAAAAUGCACUGAAAGCACAAAUUUACCUCCACCGAGAUCCAUCUCUUUUAUCAUAUUCUCAUUUAUCAAAGUCAUUUUUUUUUUUAAACUGGAAAUUAUAUUUAAUUAUGACUGAAAAAAAAGAAAAAAAGUAUGAAAUGAAAUGUUGGUUUUGACAGAUAGAAUUUCAUUUAUUUUAAAGAAUAUUUAAACUUAAACUGUAAAAUCAAUAAUGCUCUAUGAAACUUUGCUAGUCAGUUAUCGGACCAAAAUUCAAAUGUAAAAUUUAUAUUUUUAAAGGCGUUAGUUAAGUGUAGUAAAUUUGAUAUAUAUAUAUCCUUUGUAAGGACAAUUUUACUGAUAUUUAAGGAGUACUCUAUGAAUUUAUAGUUUUGAUAAUUUUUGUUACUGCUUUUGAUAUAAUACACAUUUAUGAUAAUGUUUGGUUGUAUGAUAAAAGAUAAUGGUUGUUUUAAACGUGAUCAUGAUUGUUCUGUUUAUUGUUUCUUGUUGUUCAUAGCAGAUUGUUUUUAAUUAGCGAAAUAUAAACAGCAUGAAUAAAUGCAUUUUUGUUCAAAUAAAUAACCUAAAUAACAAUUUAGAUAUAGUAAUUGGCAACUAAUGCUUAUUAAAAGUGUUCAUGUUAUUCCAAGUACCUAUUUUAAAAAAAAUUUAAACUCUAAAUUUAGUGAAUUAUUAAAUUAAACACACUGUUACCAUUUUUUCCCUUAUAGUUAUUCCAUGUCAGCUUAUAAGUACAAAGUAUGUGGUAAUAAUAAUUGUUUAAAAUCUUCAGCUAUUAAUGUUGUCUUUUUUAUAAAAAAAAGAUAUGCUUUAGUAUGUUUCUAUUUUUUAUCAAUGUUACAAGAGAAUGUAUUUGUAAUUGUGAUUGUAUAUUGUGUGACUUUUAAGACAAAUUUAUAGCUUUUAAAGCUUUUAGUUAGUUAGUUAUGUUUGUUUGUUAGAGCUUCCAUAUUUACAAUUGUUAAUUCUUUAUACUUGAUGAAAUUUUAUGUUGAUAAUGUUUCAGCAGACAAAUAGUCUGUAUCAAUGAUCAUCAUUUUUAUAUAUUAUCUUGAAAACUAUAUUUUUUUUGAAAAUAGACAAACUGUAAAAAGAAAAUGAUCAGUAAUAUACAAAAUCUACAAAAAUGCCAAAUUACUGAAGCCAUUAAUCAAUUCCUUAUAGAAACGUCAAUUGUUAUGUCACUUUGAGAUGAUAUAUUUGUGGAAGUUGACAUAUUUAACCAAAAAUGACAAUUUUUCACAUAGUUUUUUGGCAAAUUUAGAUAUGAGCAACAGACUAACCCAAAAAAUAUUUUACUCACAUUAACAUCUUUGUAAAAAGAAGUCCUAUUUUGGCAGUUUUAGAAAAAGAUGUUAAGCACACAAGGCUUAUGGUAGGAUAAAUACAGCAUCUUCAAUAUUAUUACUAAUAAAAUAUCAUGAUUGAAUAAAUUUAAGAGAAACAAUAUUGCUGUGUUAACAUACUGUUAGUCUAUUUAACUUUAACAUUCAUUUUGUUGCUUGUACAUGUAUUUACUUGUACAUGUAUUUACUUGUACAUGUAAUUACUUGUAUUUUUUACACUUUUUUUGCAUAAUCUGAUGAUACUUAUAUUUUCAUGUUUUCAAAUCACUUUCUUUUAAACUUGUUUUUUAACUUAAAUCUUUUAUUUAGCUGAUGGAGACUAAAUGCUACAUGGUGGUUUGCAUUUUAAAUGUCUUACAUGCCUCUAAACAAAUAAUGUCACUAUUAUAGACAAGAUUACAUGUGGUGAAAAAUUGAAAAGUCUUAGUAAUUCAAUGAACAAAAACCCUAUUUAGAGUUUAGUACAUGUGUAUUAACCGGAUAUCCAGCCUGAUAUCAAAGAUGGUAGCCAUCAUGAAACAACGAAUCAAGUUAGAAUAGGAAAGAACAGCUUCAUGUAAAUAAUUCAUUAAUUGAGUCAGUAUUAAGUGGGGCGGAAGGACCUUUUUUUUCAGGAAUUUGGGAUUGAACCAUUAAUGGGAAUUUGGGAAUAUCCAGUUAAAUCGUCAGGAAUUCAGGAUUUGAUUAAAUCAUGAUACAGGAACAGGCACAUUAUUUUUACGGGAAUUUGGGAUUUGGCAUUUAUCUUCUCAGGAAUUUAGGUUGAGACCACCUCCUACACCCCCUAUACUAAGCAUGGAUAAAAGAAAGAUAAUUCUUCAUAAAAUGAAUGAACCAAAUUCCCAGAUCUUGUGAAAAAGCAUUACAUAAGACUUAAAAAAUAUCUUAAGGAUCUAAGUGUUCAUUGUUUGAGCCAAUAUAUAUAAAUACGAUGUGCAAAAAAGAGAAAAACAUGAUUAGUUGAGUCAUUGAGGUUUUUUUUACAUAUACAGUUUAUACAUAAAAGAAAAUGUUUAAGUUGAUUUUUUUUUUGAAUUUCAUUGCGUUUGAAAAAAAAAAAGCUAGUUUAAGGCAAAUAUUGGGCAUUACCAUAUUUUUUUAAGUAAUUGUAAAAUACUGUUCAAUCCUCUUAAGACAUGGGCAUCAUUUAUAUUUUGUCGUAAAAUAUUAGAUAUUAAUAAAGUCCAGUAAAAUUUGCAUUCUUGAACACUAAAGGGACCAUUAAAUUCUGUUCUAGUUAUUGAGGUGUAUAUAUUACUUUUAAGUGUUUAUUAGGGAAUACUACAUGCAUUAUACUUUAUAAAACAAUUCACUGCAUUUAGUUGUUUGGGAGACUAAUUGUGUUUGCUCCGUUUCUUUAAGUUAUUUGUUGUUAAUUCUUGCUUGUCCCUCACUUUAAAGUUGAUAUGAGGGUACCAGUUAACUUUUGAUGUAUAUCUUACUGCAUGUAAAGGAGUUUUUUUGAUUAUGAAAAUGUUACUUUUUUGGAACAACAAACAAUUGUGAUCAGUCUUGGGACAGUAGUUAAUAGACAUAUUUUAAAGUGGCCUUACAGUUUAUCUUGUUACUCAUUGGUAUGCAAAUUUAUUUUAAAAAAUGUCAUGUUUACUUAUGUUUUCUUAAUUAUGUUCUCUUUUACAUUCCAAUGAUCUUUAUAUUUACAUAUAUACAUUAAAUUUUUCAUUUUAUUAUAGUUUAGCUGAGCGCUUGCCACAAUAAAAAUUAUAACUGUCA